AUGCGCCAAUACUUCCACGUCCCAUGCAUCGCCGUAGAGCUGUCUGACAGGGUCGGCAGGGUAGCUCAGACCAACAAUGUGGUGUUGGGGACUGGUGACGAGUCGGAGUGGCGAGAACUGGAUGCUCAGGUGAAUGCAUACCCCGCUGAUCGAACCUUCAAGGCUAUUGGCUCUGGCGGCGACGACUUCGUGGCCUCCAUGACCAGCUGCGUGGAGCGGGUGGUUGGCGUGCGGCUGCCCUCCUCCCGGGUCACCCACCGCCUCUCGGCGGGGGGCAAGUACGUUAGCGUGACCAUCGGGCCUGUCCUCGUGGAGACGCCAGACCAGGUACUCGCGAUCUUCAACGGAAUGAAGGCAGAUGGGCGACUGAAAUUUUACAUCUGA